AACUCCAUAUUUCAUAGCAUCAGCAUCAACAUCAACAUCGGCAUCCGCCUCUAUCCUGACACUCGCUUACCACCACUUGACACAGCUCAUGGUACCAUUUGUGAACGCAAGCGCAAAUCCUCUACAAGACAUCUAUCAUGGCUCACAAUGACAACGGCGCAACUUCUUGGCCUCAAUAUACCACUGAUCCUGAAGAUCCGCAUGCAGAGCUGACUGCCCCGACUCUCUCUUCACAGAGACCGUUUCAACAACAACUUCCACCCAUAUAUCAAAACUACCAUGGGCUCGGUGGCAACACUUCAGCACCCCUCAUACCUGAGAGAAAUCAUCCGUCGGUUUCCAUGCCUCUCGUGCCGCCUACAAGCAAUUAUCCAUCGGGAAGUUCGCCUUUGCCAUUUAUGGGGAGCAAUCGUCGACACUUUUAUCCCCCCGCCACAUACUCAUAUGAACCGUAUCCAGUCAUGAAUCCCUCAAGGUCGUCGCCCACGCGAAACGUGUUUGAUCAGCCGCUGGUGGGCCAGACGUUGUAUAACAAUGGUGUCAGCGUCCAGAGCUACCCUUUCCCAAUGUCAGCAGGUUACAGCAAUCCUCCUCUGUUCGGAUCUUUCAACGCUGGACCUUCAUAUAGUCCACCCCGCAGCAAUCAAAGGACGAGCGUCGGACCAACUGCCCGCAGUGCACGUGCAAACACUGUACGUGGCCCUUAUGCAAGACAUCGAGAGCCAGUACCAGGAGGCCGGGCUCGAGAUCCGAGACCACCACCUCAAGCACCGAGUCAAGCAAGGGAACAAACAUAUCCCGGAUUCGAACAACCUCCAUGGAUAUCCUUUCCGGGUCCGAGUCGCCGCUCGGAUCGUAGUACCUCCCCGCGCGCCUCGAAUCGUAGGAAUUUCGAGCGGUACUCGGUCGACCUCUCACAGUCGAGCACGUCGUCUGACGCAGAAGAAGCGGCUGCCCGUGCGCCACCAUCGAACCGCAUGAGGCACCGACCAAGAGAAGUACUACCACGGCCGCCAGGCCGCCAGACUUUUAGUGACCCCAAUGUUUCCACUGCUCGCCAGAUCAAUAUACUGAAGCUCAGCCUGAAUCGGCAUCUACCAAGCGCGCUUCCAGAGGAUGCGUCCAAAACUUGUGAUAUCUGUCAGAAAGACUACGCCACGACACUUGUAGCACCCACAGAAGACGAGGAGAAUGCUGUGCAGCUAGUUUGCGGACACAGAUUUGGAGAGUUUUGCAUAAACCAAUGGUUUGAUACGUGCAGAGAACAUAAGAACAAAGUUACUUGUCCCAUGUGCCGGGCACAGCUGAUAGAAGAGCCCCGAUGGAUCCCACCCUUGCUACACGCAUCUUCGCGUGGGCAGGCAUUUAUCGAACUUCUUGCCCGCGAACAAGAACUACUUGCUCGCGCAGAAAUGCAGGCCCAGGAGUUUCAGAGCCAUUUUUACCAGACAUGAGGGUUGGGAAGCGAGAUGGGAGCGAGGAUACUGUUCUUAGAGCUGUGAUAUCAUUGUUUCGGACGGGUAAUCUUGGUCGGCUACUCAGGGCGUUAUUGUUUGGCGGUGGUAUUUACUGACGGUUGCACAGGAUGUGGGUAAUUGGGAAACAGAGGGCGUCAGAUUGGAUAUGUACAUAAUACGUGCCGAGCAUGAGAUCAACAUCAGCAUCUUCGUGGCUACCGAAUUUGCAUGUCAGGACCUUGCGUCGAUCGCAGAUGGGCUCCACU